AUGUUAUCAUUUGAAGAAGCAGUUGAGCUUACAAAUCUCAAAAGUGGUUCUAAAGAUUCUAAAGAAAGAGCUUGGAAAACAAUUGCUAAAUAUUCAGAAAUGCAUAAUGAUUUUACUGCAAAAUAUUGGAAAGGAUAUUAUCUUUUUCAUAAAUUAAUUAAUUUUCCAUACUCUGAUGAUGAAAGAAUGCAGCUUGCUGCUGAUGCAUUUAAAGAAGCUGCUGAUGGUGCAAAUAUUCUGGAUGCACAAUCUAUGUACGCUUCAUGUAUUUAUAAAAAAGAUCCAUACACGGCGAUAAAAUAUUUUGAAAAAGCAGCUGAACAAAAUUAUACAGUUGCGAUGCAUAAUUUAGGAUUGUUAUAUUAUAAUGGUAAGUAUAUUGAUGCCGACAAAAAUAAAGGGGAAUAUUGGCUUAGAAGAGCUGUAGAUGGCAAUUUGGAAGCUUCCAUUAAUUUUUGCAUAAAAAAUGGGAUUACUUUAUAA